AUGGUAGCUACUGAGCAAGAGAACAAUGACCUUAGGGAAGAAGUUAGUAGCCUCAAGGAAGGUAUGGAAAAGAUAACUGCAAUGAUGAUGGACAUGAUGGCCGCACAGGCACAAGCCUCUCAAGCAAAAGCUGUUCAGACUGUUCGGGCAGAUGUUGAAGUCUCUCAGCCUGCUGGUUCUCCGGUGACCCAGCCAAUUUCUACUGCAACUAUUGGUACUACACAGCCUUUGGUGAAUCAGUUUUCCUCUGGUGAUAUGACAAACAUGUAUAAUUCAGGGUUUCGUCCUGCUGGCUCUCUUGGUUUUUAUAUCCCUCCUCAGUAUCAUAUGCCGCCAGGCUAUCCGUGGGGCAUGCCACUCACAAAUAAUGAAGGUGUUCGUCAUAAUGCACCGGAAAUGCAGUUCCCUUUUGGUCAGCAACAAACACCGUUUUAUCAGUCCGGCCAGCCUUUUCCUCAGGCCACUAUGACCUAUGCUGGACCCCUUGUUCAUGCUGCUCAUCAAGAAGAAGAUCAAGUUUAUCACUCCAAUAGUGUGGCGGGUGAUGAUAGGGUGGGAAACUUGGAAGAAAAGUUUGAGGCGGUGCAUAAAGAGUUAAAGACUAUCCGCGGUAAAGAAAUGUUCAGUCAGAAUGUGAAUGACCUCUACUUGGUUCCAGACGUGGUGAUACCUCAUAAGUUUAAAAUGCCAAUCUUUGAAAAGUACACAGGGGAUACUUGCCCUGAGAUGCACUUAGUCACAUAUGUCAGGAAGAUGAUAGCUCACAAGAAUAAUGAGCCUCUUCUUAUUCACUGUUUCCAGGACAGUUUGACUGGUCCCGCACAUACGUGGUACAUGAAUUUGAAGGGCAUCACUACAUUUGAGGAGUUGGCCAAUGCUUUCAUCCAACAGUACAAAUAUAACUCUUAUCUGGCACCUAACCGGAAAGAACUUCAAUCUAUGACUCAGGGUGAUAAGGAAUACGCUCAGCGCUUCGUUCAGAAAUCUGCUCAAAUCCGUCCGCCUCUGGAUGAAAGGGAAGUGUCUGAUCUAUUCUAUGAGACUCUGAGCCCUUUCUACUCAGAGAAGAUGCUUGGUUGUGCUUCACAAAAGUUUACCGAUAUGGUAGAUAUGGGUGUGCGCAUUGAAGAUUGGGUCCGUAAGGGACGUGUGAGUAAGGAUGGUGCUUCUUCAGGUGGUUCAUCUAAUGGUAAUAGGAAGUUCGGAAAUGGGUACUCAAAGAAGAACGCUCAAGAGGUUGGCAUGGUGGCCCAUGGCGGAUCCCAGCCUGUUUACCCCAGCUACCCCUAUGUUGCUAACAUUCCACCACCUACCCCAGCUCCACAAAACCCAAACUAUCAACUACAAAGGCCUCAAACACCCCACCCAUAUUAUCCACCACUAUAUCAACCACAACCUUAUCAGCCACAACCGUUUUAUCAGCAACCAUACUAUACCCCACCACCACAGCCACAACAGCCUCGCCCUCGAGCUCAACAACAACAACCUCGCCCUCAAAGAAACCAAUUUCCCCCUAUUCCCAUGACAUAUGAAGCCUUGUUACCUUCGUUGCUUGCCAGAGGUCUUGUUCAGACCCUACCACCUCCUCGUGUGCAGAACCCUUUACCCCCAUGGUUCCGUGCUGAUAGAAAUUGUGCCUUCCAUCAAGGGGCACCGGGACAUGACAUUGAACAUUGUUACCCCUUUAAAGAAGCAGUUCAAAAGUUGAUUCAUAACAAAGAUUUAUCCUUUACUGACCCUAACCCUGUUGCUCCAAACAAUCCUCUGCCACCCCAUGGGCCUACUGUUAACAUGGUUGAAGAUUAUCAAGAAGGGGGUCUUGUCACUCGCUCUCAGGAUAUCAAAACUCCGUUGGUUCCAUUACAUGUGAAAAUGUGUGAGGCAGCUAUGUUUAGCCACAAUCAUAAUAGUUGUGAGGUAUGUUCUGUGGACCCCCGCGGCUGCGUGCAGGUUCAAAAUGAUGUGCAAGGGCUAAUGGAUCGAGGAGACCUGGUUGUCACAAGGGAGGACAAGAGCAUUUGUGUUGUAAUCCCUGUGUUCAAGGAUAGUGCGAAGUCAAUUGACGGUGUUACUCCGGUGUUCAAGGACAAUUCCAAGCCAGUCGUCACUCCUCUUGUGAUUUGUGUACCAAGACCCAAGCCGUUUUUCUCUCAAAACGUCAUGCCGUAUAACUAUGAACCUACAAGCAUAGAGAAUGGUAAAGAGAUAUCCUUGAGUCCCUCAACUUCUGUGAGUAACAUUGCGGAGAAUAGUCAAAUUCUGAGAAGUGGACGUAUUCUUCCGGCUGUUGUGCAAGCAAAGAAGAAAGCUCCGGUGAUAGAGUCCGUGCCGGUACCGGAUCCUAGCAAGGGUAAGAGUGUGGUUCAACCUAGUGGAACUGAUAAUGAUGAGAUUUUGAAGCUGAUCAAGAAAACUGAUUAUAAGAUAGUGGAUCAGUUAUUGCAGACUCCAUCAAAGAUUUCUAUUAUGUCACCAUUGACAAGCUCUGAUGCUCAUAGGGAUGCCUUAAUGAAAGUGUUGAAUCAAGCCUACGUAGACCAUGAUGUGACUUUGGGUCAAUUUGGGAGCAUUGUUGGAAAUGUGACGGCAUGCAACAAUCUGAGUUUCAGUGAUGAAGACCUCCAAGUGGAGGGGAAAAAUCAUAAUAUGUCCUUGCAUAUCUCUGUUAUGUGCACAACAGAUUCUUUGUCCAAUGUCUUGAUAGACACCGGUUCUUCCCUCAAUGUGAUGGCGAAGACAACCUUUGAUAAAUUGACAUAUUCAGAUGGAUUUAUUAGGCCUAGUUGCCUAAAGUUUGUGAGUCGUGGAAAGCUUGUUACAGUGAGUGGGGAAUCAGCUCUUUUGGUUAGCCAUUUGUCGUCUUUUUCCUUCAUUGGUGGUGAAAGUUCGGAUGGAACAUCAUUCCAGGGGCUUUCAGUUGAAAGUGGUACUACAAGAGGUGAAACAUGCAUGGUAUCUCUAAAGGAUGCUCAGAGAGUAAUUCAAGAAGGAAAAGCGGAAGGUUGGGGGAAGUUAGUACAGUUGCCCGAGAACAAGCACAAAGAAGGUCUGGGUUUCUCCGGCAAUAAGCAAAUGAUGUUCGACCCAACUAGGGGUACCUUUCACAGUGCCGGAUUCAUUAAUGCGCCACCUGAGACUAAUGCAAUCUUGGAAGAUCAAUCAGAAGAGGUGGCACCUGACUUUGUGACUCCUGGUGGAAACUGCUGCAAUUGGAUUGUUGUUGACAUCCCUUCUGCGAUACCUCUUUCUAAGUAA